ACACACACACACACACACACACUCCACUUCAGCGCACAGAAAGAGUAGUAGAAGUCACACUUCAUCAGCAUGUGCAUCCCGUGGAGAUACAGACUGGUGAUGUCGAUGUCGGCCGCAUUAUUGCUGUGUUUCCUCGGUUGUGAUGCCCAACUGCACAACGAAGCACAAAGCGGCAAAUUAGUUUACGCCAGAGGGAACCACUGGGCUGUGGGACACCUGAUGGGGAAGAAGAGCGUAGAUGAGAUGCUGAACUCGGACGAGCGUGAUGUCGAUGCUCAGGCUUAUUUUCUCACAGCCGAAUCAGACACACAAACACAGCCGUCUCUGUCUGUCCUGAAGGCUCUUUUCAAGGCUUUGGCUGGACCGAUCAGAGAGACAGAAGAUGAAAGGGAAAGACGAGAGCGUUGGUCGAUGCUGAGGAGGCGGUGGGCAGAGCAGAGAGAGAAGGAGGUCAACCAGGCAGCAAGGAUUUUGCUACUGGCAUUAAACACGAGGGAUGCAGAUGCCAGCUGAAAGACGAGACUUACGCCAGGUGAUUGAUCUGGAUCCUGCAGUUGGAAGCGUCUGAGAAGCAGCGGCGCUGCCUAACAGUCAACUCUGUAGGAAAAUAAACUCCUUCAUCUCACAGUGUGUUCAUUCUGCACAUCACUCACAGAUAACUUUCAUUUCUUUUUUGUAAGUUAAUCCAAUUCUCUGGUGUUGUUUUACAGAAAUACAUACAGUAUAUACUCUUCUGAGCUGUUUGUGUGACUGAUGUUUCCUCACAUGUACUCAAUAAAUCCUGAUUACUGAAAUAAACUGAAA